AUGGCUAAUGCUGAAGUUAAUAUGGAUAUAAGCCAAACUACUAAAACUGAAUUACAUAAUCUGGAAUUAUUUGAAUCAUUUCUUGUAACAAUCAAGACUGAUUAUAAAAAUAGUGGUUCACAACUUCAAUCUUCUUUUAAGAAAUUAGCUGAGUGA